AUGGUUCAAUCAUUCUACCAUGAGGCCGACCAGCCGACAAACCAGAACAAGCACUUUCUGGGCAGAACGUCUCUGUUGAAGGAGAACAUCAAAAAAGGGAAUGCAUCACUGCUGUUAAAGAAUAUUGUCGUUGGAGAUGAAGGAGGGUACAGGUGUAUAGUAACACAUGACAUGGAAAAAACAGAGUUCAUCUUCAAACUCCAUGUAGAAGAUGAGCCUAAUAUUUCUUCGCAGUCUCCAGUCACGACAAUCCAGAUCCAAAAAGGUGGGGAGCAACUGAUCUGCAGCCCAGAGGGAAUCUUCCCUGAACCCCAAAUCCGCUGGUCCAAAGAACAUGCUCUGGCGCAAGCACUAAGCAACAUUAGCAGCAUUCGCCAGGAGAUGCAAACGGAACUUUACAGCAUCAACAGCACACUUAACCUCACGGGUGACAUGGAUUACAUCUGUGACAUCAGCAGCUUGAACAGCAGCAGGAGAAUGGUGGACAACUGGCACUGCCACCUGGCCAAUAGUUUGGGUCCUCAUCAUCAGAAAUUUCGGACACUUGAGUCCAACUCCGUCACCGCCUCUCCAUCAUCCAACAUCUAUCACGAUGUUUGGUGUCGUUGGAACACGAGCUGCGUUUUAGAGGCAGGCUUUCCGAUCGGAGAUGACGUAGUAAUCCACUGGCUGCAUCUGUCAGUGCCAGAAGUCUACGUUCAUUCAUUCUACCAUGAGGCCGACCAGUUUGCGUAUCAGAACAAGCAGUUCAUGGGCAGGACAUCGCUGUUCAAGAAGAAGAUCAAACAGGGGAACGCAUCUCUGCUCUUGAAGAAUGUUAUUGUUGAAGAUGAAGGAAGGUACAAGUGCUACGUAGGAACCCACACGGAUGCCACAGAGUCCUUCAUUCAACUCCAUGUUGAAGCUCCAGUCACUACAAUCCAGAUCCAAAAAGUUGACAAACAACUUAUCUGCAGCUCAGAACGAAUCUUUCCUAAACCUGAACUCCGCUGGUCCACCAAGCCUGCACUGCCCCAUGCCCUCAACACCAAAUUCCAAAUCAACCAGGAGUGGCAGACACAACUUUACGACAUAAAAGGCUCGCUCGACAUCGCGGAUGACAGCGAUUCUUAUGUGGAAUACGUCUGCGACAUCCGCAGCUCUAGAAGCAGCAAGAGAGACACGUGGAAGAAACCAUAUGUAAUCACCACCUAA